AGAAUACAUUGUAGCCUAAUUAUUAUUCAUUGUGAUUAUAUUUUUAUCACUUGUUUAUCUGUUUUCAUUAAUUUCAAUUGUUUUUAUUUAUUUUCUGGCAUGAAUUAUAUUAAUGACUGAAAAAACAUGAUUUUUUAGUGUAGUUACUAAGCCUACAAUCAAGUCAAUCAAGUGCCUUACAAUUUACAUUGUUUACUAAGUGUAUUUAAGGUUUUAAUUGAAAUAAAUACAUUUAUUAUGGCUGAAAAGAAAAUUCAAGAAAAUUCAGUUCCGGACGGUUCUCCUACAGAUGCAACAGACAAACAAAAAGAUGUUGCAAAACCACCAAUAAUCAAAGUAACCUCUCCGCUGACAAUACCAGUGCAAGUUCCUCGUCUCACUAUAUCAUCAUUCACAAAACAACCUCCAAAUGAGCUGUACAGAAAGUUACUGCCUGCAUUGUUGUUUAUACUGACAUUUGUGACGGUUAUGACCAUGCUGCUCAUUUACAUGGAUACAUUUGCUCUCGGUGCUCAACAAUUCCGUCAGAACAUGACCCAAGACAAGGAGCUGGCCAACAUCUCGGCGGAGUCGCCGUCGCUGGUGGCGUACGUGCGGCAGCUGCACCUGGCGCCGCGGCCGCCGCGCGUGCCGCCGCCGCCGCCCGCGCCCACGGCGCGCGUGGCCGUGCUGGACCGCGUGCUGGGCGCGCUGCACAACGGCACGCUGCUGGAGUUCCUGGUGCGCGGCCCGCGCGACGCCACGGCCGCCUUCCUGCAGCGCGCGCGCGGCUGGCGCGGCGUGGCCGUGCGCGCGGCGCCGCGGGACUUCCUGGCGCUGCGCGGCGCCGUGGCGCUGCACGCGUGCCUGGCGCCCGGCGCGCACCCGCGCGUCGUCGGCUACGAGGAGGCGGAGGCGGGCGGCGGCGUGUUCCGCUCGCGCGUGCUGUGCCUGCCGCUGCUCACCGUGCUGCUGGCGGCCGACGCGCCGCACGCGCACUACACGGCGCUGGAGGGCCCGGCCGCGCCCGCCGCGCUGGCCGCGCUGCCGUUCCACGGCCUGCGCCUGCGCGUCAUCGACUUCCGCUCCGCCGACCCCGCCGCGCGCGAGGCCACCACGCGCGUGCUGCUGGCGCGCAACUACACCGUGGCCGCCACCUUCGCCGACGGCAUCAUGUACGCGCUCAACGGCGCCGCCGACGGCGACGAGUAGCGCGCCGCUCGGGAACGAAUCGUUCAUUUUAUUAGGAAGUCCGAUUUACUUAGAACGCGAACGCAAACUGUGAGGAAUUCGAUCACAUUUGUGUGAUUGAAUUUCCCACAGUUUGCGAUCGAUCGAUCUCAGAGAGUUGAAAAUUUCAAUUUAACUUCAUUUCGACGCUUCAAUUAAAAUCUUACAAAAAUACUAGCUUUAUAACAAAAUAUUAAGAAAAAAACCGUCAAAAUAACUGUUUUCAAAGUUAUUCUUUAAAAUAAGCAAUGUCACAUGUUCACGGUUUUAGGUUUAAUAAAAAUUCAAAAAAUGAAUUAAGACAUAAAUUUCAAAUAACAUAAAAAUAGAAUAGAUAUUACCAAAUAAGUUCCUAAAAUUUUCUAAAGUCUUGAAAAAUGGAAACUGAAAGACUUACUGAAUCUGAGUAAUGAUAUUUUCUCAUAUAAAUGUGUAAUUAAUAUUUCUAAAUGUUUGUUAAAAUAAAUAAUCCUUUAAAUUUUCUAACUGGCGCGGAUAUAUGACUCGGAUUUCAAAGAAAGGGAUAGAAAAUGGAAUAGGGAUGAAAGGACAUUUCCUUAAGAGAAAUAGGAGAAAAAAAUCAUUAAAAAUAAUUAAUGCUUAAGUUCAAAAUAAAUAAAUGAUUAAAAUGUCUACACAAUAAAAUGUGUUAUAUAAAAGUUAAUAUACUUCUAAUAUAUAACAUCAAUUGUAACCCCAUUUUAACCUAAACCUCGCAAUAAAAAUUUAACAAUAUGCAGUUAAAAUUUGCUUAACCAGUAAUAGAAAUUAUACCAUUGAAACGCAAAGUAAAUAUUUUAAAAACUAUUUCAAUAUAUAUUUUUUUAAUUUAUUUAUUUGUAGAGUUAUUAUCAAAGACGUUACUAUUUUCACAAGUGUCAUUAUAAUAUUAGGGAGUCUGUCAAUUUUUUCAAUGUAUUUCGAUAUCAUGGAUGAAUAUCGAUCAAAUUAUAAUUUCAUUCUUGGCUAUAUUGUCACUGAAUGCGUCCAUUGUUCUUAGUUAAAUAAUUAGUGUUAGUAGCACCAGGAUUUGGGGAGGGGGGGGUGCAUUUUGAUUGAUUUAUUCUUUGACUGGACUCAAAGUUACAUUAUAUUGUCAUUUUUUAGUAAUAAUGCCAAUACAAUAUCACAAGUUAAUUAUAAUAUCAUGUAUUUGAUAAUGACUCGAUAUAUAAUAAAAUAUUCAUAACCAAAGCAUAAAGUGAAAUAAAAGCCUCGAGGGGAAUUUAUUCUACAUAAAAUUAAAGUUAAUAUAAUCAUAACAUUCAACAAUCAAUAAAUAUGUAAUUGAAUCACUCCUGAUUUAAAAUAAGAAGAAAAUACUGAUUGUAAUGUUUUUAAAAUACACGUCUUAACCGAAUUAAAAAAACCUUUUUUAGCUUAAUAUUUAAAAAUAAGUAAUAGCAUCACAACAUUCACAAUUUUCUUUUUGUGAAAUUCAAUAAGAACAUAAUCUCUCACUUUGAUUAUGAAUACUUUACAAUUGGUAAAAUGGUUUUAAAUCUUAAAUUAAAUAAAAUUUUACUAAAUCGAUUUUAAACUCUACGCACAGUAAUUCGAAGUCACGUUAUCCUCGAAUCUCACCAAUAGACCUAUGUUCUAAAAAAAAUAUAUAUUUUUGUCAAGCACUAUAAAUAAUUUAAAAAAAUGUUCUCAAAAUAUAAUAAAUUAAUCUCCUAUAAAAAUGCACAUUUUAAAAAAUGAAUUUUUGACAGUAUUAUAAUAAAUGAAAUUAUAAUCUCGUAUAAAAUAAGUAUUUUUCGAAUGAAACAACAUGAAAAAAUAUUUUUGAAAUACUCUCUCGUCUCGAAGUAUCUCAAUCGUCAAUUAUGAAUAAAUAUAAAAGACCAAAUAAGACAUAAAAAGUUCCUUUGCCUUACAAAUGUGCUUUACAAUUAAUAUUAAUUACUAACGAUAAUUAUAUAUAGAAAAGAAAAACCCUUUUGUGCUGUCUGAUACAAUAUAGUACAAUACUAACCAAGUGAUUAGAAUAAAAAAAAUGUCUGUAAUUUAAACAUUAUUUAAUUUUAUCAUCUAAUUAUUCAUUGUUUCUCGCAGCGGUAUUUUUUUUUAUUGAAUUAUUUUUUAUCUGCGAUCAAUUUAAUAUUAAUUACAAAAUUUAGUUAUAAUGAGUUUGAUUUAGAUAAUUUUUUUAAAUGAUAAUAAUUAAGUAUAAUUUUAAUGAUAUUUAGAAUUAAAUCGCCUUUUUCUUGUCUGUCUAUUUUAACAAGUUGGAGUCAUUCCAAUUUUAUAAUUAAUUAUGUCUUUAAUGAUAAAUAAUUUAAUUUUAAAAGACUGAGUAACGAGUAUUUUUUCGAUUCGCGUUGAUAUUGUAACACGAACGGAACUAAGUCUCAUAUUUAUGAUUAAAUUUAUUUCUUAAGAUUAAUUGUAUUAAUUUUUCAAUUUUAGCCUAAUUUUCAUUUGAUUAUAAGCGUUAGUGACAAAUGAAUUAAUUUUAAGCUUUAAAUUAAGAUCCACUAGGUUUAGUUUUGUAUGCGCUCAAUUUUUUCACAAAUUAAAGGCUUUAAUAAA